UUCGGCUCUAGUGAAGCAACGGCAACUUGAAAGGAGAGCGAGUGAGUGAGCUUGAGUGGGAGAGAGAAGUUAUUAGAACGUAAAACCAUUUUGUCACCAGCAAGCUCUGACAAGCGAUGAGAGGGAGUGUGUUACAAGAGGGAGCUAAUAAAAAGAGUGCUGCACGAGAGAGGAGGAGGGUCUGAAGGACUUUUUUUUACUCCAGACUGAGGCCAAAAGGCAUAAAAGUGGACAAACUGAAGAGAACAAAGUCAAGCGGGGAAGGAAAAAAAGGACUUUUGCUGUCACUUCUGUGCUUCACACGUUUACUGCCUGGCUACUCUUGGACGGUUCAUUUGUUUCGCUCUUUUUGUUUACUCCUUCUGUCACUCGAGACUCGUGGGUUGGACGUGGUUAGUUUGAUUUUCCUGACACAUUACAUCAUCGGGGCCAAAACGUCAGGGUUUUUUCUGAGAGGAUCUGUUUUCCUUUCAAUUCCUCACCUCUGAAAUGUGUGUGAGUGUGUGUGUGUGUCAUGGUUGGGAGGGAAGGAGCGUGUUUGGUUAGCCGCUUGUCGUUAUAGUGGGAAAAGCUUGCUUGAAGAGAAAAUGAGGUUUUAGCCCUUAAAAAUCCAUCUACAAAACACUGUUACUUAUUUUUACUGAUGUCCUGUGAAGACGUUGCUCUGCUGUAGAGUUAACCAGUUUUGGGUGGUUUACGGAGCUUUGGAAACAACUCGUUUCACUAACACAACGUUUGCAUUUGAAAUGAAGAACUUCCAAACUCUGCAAGUCACCGUUAGUGUUAUCUGAUUGCUCUGAAUGCUUCCGGGAAAUCUGUCUGACCAACAGGGGAAACCUAAUGUGGCAAAAGCAAACUUUUGAGGAAAUCUGAGCUGGACACGUUCCUUUUGUCUCAUUACGAAUGCCAGGAUGCAGCUGGAUGGGGUCUGGUUUAGUCAAAUAGUUAACAGGACUUCUUAAAGGUUCUUGUGCGAGAUGACAAACCAUCUGCUGGAGCAUCAAGACUAGAGAAGCAGCGAACAGAAAGGAAAGUUAGUGAGCAGACACGCUUACAGACGUGUCACUGACCUCCGCGUGUUUUCACAGCAGGAAUUAUCCAUUACUAGAGGAGAGAAAAAUAGACAGUCCAGAGACACAUGGACUUGUUUCUGCCAGCAGUGAGCCGACGAUAAAGCUGUGCCGGAAAGAAAAAAAGCUUGUGUUUGUGUGUGCAGGUGGGAGUUUCUUACUGAAAUGUAUGCUAAGAUACAUUUGUAAAAGUGCAUGUGGAGGCGUUCAGGUGUAGCCUAGUGAACGCAUGGUCUUUGUGUGCCUCAAAGCUUGUUUAGGUGGGGGAGUGCUUGCCCUGUUUGGCCAAACUGUGUUUGGACAGACCUCUGAAACAGGUGAGGUAUCCGAAAUUUACCUUAUUAGACAGGCAUCAGCUGUUCUCUUGGCUUCAUUAUUCAAGGUGCUUUCCAGAAUCAUCAUCAGGUAGCAUCACCUCCAUAAUAACAAGACUGCUGUGUCUGUUUGAUCCAAACGCUCUGCAUCACUCACAGACCCUAAAGACAGUUUACUCUCAGAUUUGGCAGCAUGAGGUUGCUUUGCCUGGUACUGACGGCCCUGUGCAUGGUGGCAAGAACAGGAGGUAUGUCCACUUGCAAAACUGUAGACCUGGAGGAAGUGAAGAAGAAACGGAUAGAGGCCAUCCGCGGUCAGAUCCUCAGCAAACUGCGCAUGGCCAAAGAGCCCAAAUCUGAGAUUGAUGAGGGACAGAAGAUCCCAGAUGACUUGCUUUCUUUGUACAACAGCACUGUUGAACUGAGCGAGGAAAUGAAGAUGAAGCCCGUAUCUGUGCAGACUGAAGAUGAAGACUACUUUGGAAAGGAGGUGCACAAGUUCACCAUCCAGCAAUCUCAGAAUGACACAAAGCAUCAGCUGAUUUUUAACGUGUCAGAGAUGAAACAGAGUAUUCCAAAUCACCAGCUGCUGUCCCAAGCCGAGUUACGGCUUCGGAUUAAGAGCCCUACAAUGGACCAGGAGCAGAGGCUGGAGCUGUAUCGUGGAACGGGCGAUCGGGCUCGAUAUCUGGGCACCCGCUUUAUCUCCAAGGACUUGUCCGAUCGCUGGAUCUCGUUUGACGUGAAACAGACCAUGAUAGAAUGGCUGCAGGGUUCAGAAGAGGAAGAACGUUUAGAGCUGAGGUUAUACUGUGGCUGUAAGACAGACCAGCAGAGUACUGAUAAAUUCCUCUUCACUAUAUCAGGACUAGAUAAGCAGAGAGGUGACACUGGUAAUCUCUCGGGGAUGAUGGCAAAGCCUUAUAUUCUGGCUUUAUCUUUGCCUACUAAUGGCAUCUCCCCUGCAUCCGCUCGCAAGAAACGAGCUGUUGGUGCUGAUGAAACUUGUGAUGAAAAAACCGAGACCUGCUGUAUGAGGAAGCUUUACAUUGACUUUCGGAAAGAUCUGGGUUGGAAGUGGAUUCACAAGCCCAGUGGAUACUUUGCCAACUACUGCAUGGGCUCCUGUACAUACAUCAGGAAUGCUGAGAACAAAUACUCUCAGAUAUUAGCCUUAUACAAACACCACAACCCUGGUGCGUCUGCUCAGCCAUGCUGCGUGCCUGCAGUCCUCGACCCUCUGCCCAUUAUGUUCUAUGUGGGCAGACAAAACAAGGUGGAGCAGUUGUCCAACAUGGUGGUGAGGAGCUGCAAGUGCAGUUAGAGUUCAUCUGACUGCACAGCAUUACGUUAUCUUCAGAAUGUGCUCCAUGGCUUUAUCUCUCUCUGGACGAUGAGUUAGCAAAUGCAUGGAGAGAUGAUCAUAAAGUCUCAGUGGGAAAGAAAAUCAGGAGCUGAGGCAACUGACAGAGAAAAGACAUUCGGGCAAAAGUGGAGGCAAAUGGAAAGAGGAGAAAAUAAACUAUCCUAAAACAAUCAGACUUUCUCAGCGAUGCCCCUCUACAAUGGCACACAAAGACAUUUGUAAAACAAGCUCCAUAUUAAACCAAGUAUAUGCUUUGUUAUCUUUUUUAACGUUUAUUUUCAUAUUACUUCCUAAUAAUUUAUUGUGCUUGCUAAGUUCAUUAUUUGAUUGUAUCAUGAAGGCAGGUGCAUAGCAUUGCAUGCCAAAUGUACAUUGAAGAUUUCUAAUGGUGCUGAACUGCACAGCAAAAUCCCCAGUGUUAAUUUAACACUCUGAGUGUGGACUCAUAUAAACACUGAAGCAGUGUUAAAAGUAACACUGAAGCAGAGUUGAAGUUAAUGAGAUAAUUAGGAAAUUAAUUAAUUAAUGAUUGAGCAUUAUUGAAGACACCUGAUGUUAACAAGCAGAAUCACAAACGAGAAAAUCACAAUUUGUGUGUCAUCAUUGCAGUGCUUUAGUUGGGAUCUUGGCUUGUGACUUUUACUUUUAAAAUGUGUUCGGCAAGCCAACAGCAAAAGUCAUCGGGUGGUGAUGAUUAUGUUUUAAUGAAAUCGUUGUUUGACCUGAAUUGCUGAGCUCAUUUAAACUCUUUGUGCUAAGUAAAACAUCCAUUACUGAUUGUAACAGCUUUGUUUCCUCAAUGAAAGAGUUUGUAUUUUCUGUACACUUUGUAGGUAUCUUUUUGCAAGUGAUUCUGAUAAAAAAAAAAAAAAAAAUCUUUUUUUUUUUUUUUUUUUUUAGGCACACACAGAUAACAAGAAUCAGCGUAUGAAUCUCAACAACGGUGACAAACAGCAUAUUCAGAUAAACAGAUCUACUCUGAACAUCACAAAACUAGAUACUAAUUUUUUUUUACAUAAAAACAACAAAAAUAAAAUAUAGUUAGAAUAAAAAGUUAAAAAGACAGAUCAGCUCAUACUUUAUUCAUGCCGCAAUGCAUGAUGGGAGCCAUGGAUGAGUUUUUAUUGGCUACAACAUGCUUUUUCGAUGGUCACCGUUGUUGUGAUGCUCACGCUGAUUCUUGAUGUCUGUGUGUCUAAACUAUUAAAAAUUAUUUUUUGUAGAACUAACUUACUUUAAAAAAUAUGUCAUAUUAUGCCAAAACUGUAUGUAUUUAUUUAUGUAUACGGUAAAGAUACCCGAUCUCAGGCAUUCAGAUCACUCCAUGACAAUAAGUUCAAACCACAAUCAAUACCACUUGAUUGCUUUUGCUGUGGUCUGUCUCUAUGUUAUAAACCAGUUACCACAGCCACACAAAGUCUAAAAUAAAUAACUGGAGGGUCAAGAUCCCAACUAAAGCAAACACUGAACACUAUAAUGGUGACACACAACUUGUGAUUUUCUCGUUUGGUGAUUCUGCUUGUUAACAUCAGGUGUCUUCAAUAAUGGUCAAUCAUAACUCAAUUAACUUCUUAAUUAUCUCAUUAACUUCAACUCUGCUUCAGUGUUACUUUUAACACUGCUUCAGUGUUUAUAUGAGUCCACACUCAAGAGUGUUAAAUUAACACUGGGGCUUUUGCUGUGUGAUAAAGGAAAUGAUGUCAAAGGAACAUUUCAUAUGUCAAUUAAAGGUAAACACGUAAAAGACGACGGAGGUGAAGACUCAUGACGUACAGUAUCAGACUUUUUUAAUGUGCGGGUGGGAUUUAUUGUUGUGCACAGCUGUCCUCUGAAACCUGAACAGGUGUUUCUGUGAACAGUGUAUGAUUGACCAAGAGCAAGAGGAAAACUAGAGGAACAGUAUUGAAUGAUGAACAUUUCAAAGCUACCAUGUGCUCCCUAACCACACAUUGCACACUACUGUGUGUCACAAGAAAAUGUCUGACUCUUCAGGUCCUCCUGUAGUCAGGGUUUGUUAGUUCUCAAAAAUAUCUACAGCUUUGCUAAAGGGAUCUGUUGGUCAAUCUCAGCAAAACAUGUCCAGAACACAUUUCACAUUAAUGCAAUAAAAUGAUUUCACAAAAUAA